AUGCCUACCGCCCAGUACCCGGAGCCUUCGAACGCAAGCUGUCUUUCUUAUGCACCUGCAUCUUCAGAGAGACAACUCUUGAAAGCAGCCCUCGCGGAGCUUGAAAGUACUGUCACUCAAAUCCCCAGUAUUAUCAACGGUGAACGGAUAUACAGUGGUCGCAAAAGCACCCAGGCAAAUCCUUGGAAUGGAAAUGGUUCCCCGCUCGCAGAGUAUCAUGAGGUAGAAUCGAAUAUUGUCAAGACCGAGGCCAUUCCCGGUGCACUAGAGGCGAGAAAGAAGUGGGCCAAUAUGUCCUUCAAAGAUAGAUCGGCCAUCUAUCGCAAAGCCGCCAAGCUUGUCGAAACUCCAAAAUAUCGUUGGAAGUUGAUGGCGGCAACAAUGAUUGGACAAGGGAAAACAUGUGGACAGGCUGAUGGCGAUUGCAUCGCCGAGGUCAUCGACACUCUCAAUUUCCACGUCUAUUUUUGCGCCCAGCUAUACGAUCAACAGCCUAUCAAGCAGUAUGAUUCAUCGACUAGUAGGCUGGAUUAUCGGCCCCUGGAAGGCUUUGUUCUUGCCAUCUCGCCAUUUAACUUCACGGCCCUCGGAACACAUAUUGCCUUUACGCCCGCUAUCCUGGGAAAUGUGAUCUUGUGGAAACCUUCACCCAUGGCGGUCCUGUCUAAUUACAUCAUAUAUCAAAUUAUGGAGGAGGCGGGCCUGCCCAAAGGUGUUGUCCAGUUCUUGCCCCAGGCUGAUCCGACCACAGUUGUCGAGCCAGCCCUUACUAGCCCGCAUUUUGCCGGACUUCAUUAUACUGGAUCUUCUACCGUCUUGAGGACGCUUUGUAUUCAAAUUGGCGCCAACACCAAUAUCUACAAAAGCUUCCCUCGGAUUGUAGGCGAAAGUGGUGGUAAAAACUUUCAUCUCGUCCACAAUUCUUGCAAGGAUGACUGUGACUGGAUCGCCUCUGCUGCUGUACGCUCAGCAUUUGAAUUCCAGGGCCAAAAGUGCAGUGCUAUGUCUCGCUUCAUUGUCCCUAGAUCCAUGUGGCAACAAGGUGACUUGAAAAAAGCUCUCAUUAGAGAAGCAGAGCGGAUGACACACGGAGAUGAUGUGAAAGCGCUGCACCAUCCAUUGGGUCCGAUGAUCUCGGAAGCUUCAUUUGAAAGAUUUAAGGAUUUUGUUCAAAAUACAUUGGAUGAGGGCCACGCCUUGAUCUAUGGAGGCGAUACUGAUGGCAAAAAAGGGUUUUUCGUCCAACCCGCCAUUUUCGAGUUGAACAAUCCCGGGAAAAAUGCCAGAUCGAAUCUCAUGACGAAGGAGCUUUUUGGCCCUUCGUUCGCCGUUCAGGUAUAUGAUGACGCUGCGCCGUCGGGAUUUGAAGAUAUUUGUAAAGUAAUUGAUUCUACCUCCGAGUAUGGUUUGGCGGGUUCACUCUUCGCCCGCGAUAGAGAAGCCAUAAAUAUCGCAGACCAGCACCUCCGAGAUUCUGUUGGAAUGUUUUGCAUCAAUGACAAGAGCACUGGAGCGGUUAUCGGUGCGCACCCCUUCGGCGGGGCCCGAUCUAGUGGAACGAAUGACAAGGCAAACUCCGUGAAUGUUCUCCUGAGGUUUUCGAGUCCGCGCUGCGUGAAGGACUCCUAUGUGAGCAGCAGCGAAACUCUAGGCAUUUGUCACAUUCCGGAGUAA